AAAAGUGUGUUCCAAAUAAUUUGUUUCGUGAAAGCGUUCAUAAAAUAUAUCAUAAAUUUAUGACAAAUCUAUUCCGUUUCAGCUCGUGAGUUUACAAAAAUAUCUGUUUGGUACUCAUGUAUGACGAUUGAAACUUUGCUGUAUUCGAAAACAAACAAUUUCGAACGUUUGAUAUGUUAAUUGCGAUAUGCUAUUCAAACACGAACAAUAUGUGACGCUUUUACUUUGUCCAUCGGCGAUGUCUCAAAAUCAGCCCUCAGCCUGACAACGCUUGUCAUUCACGUGCCGAAGACGAUCGCGAGAAUUUCAAACCACCUAGCUGCUGUCUGCAUUCAGUUUGACUAUUACACCAUAAUACGUACUUCAAAGUUCUAUUUCAAGACUACGGAAGCAUAAUUUUACUAUAUUAGCUAUGCAGACGCCGGUGUCCGUGCUCGUGUGCUUACUGCUGUUUGUGUCUCGAUCAGUUUCUGGACAUAAGGUCGAUGAACAUCGUGUGGAGAUCUUCGGUGCUGACGGUGUUGACCAAAACGAGGGCAAACUACGAGAUAUAAAACCGGAGUCGGUGUUAAUGGGUCUUGCAAAGACGUUAAUCGGUGGCAAAUCGGGAGCGGCGAGUGGUCAAAAUCACUACUGUAUAGAUCGUGAUGUAUACCAGAGGUCAGGCCGGGGUUUCUGCAAAUUGUCCUCUCUGACCACUUUGUCCAGCCCCUGUAAAUUUUUCAAGAUGGCCAACGGAUUUUGCGAUCUCCCCGACAUCUUGUCGCUAAGCUUGAACAUGUCGAACUUAGUACUGAUGUUAGUGCUCAGGGGUCUGAUAUGGGGCGUGUCGUACAUGCAAAACGGCGGUGGCAUCAAAGAAGCACGAAAUGAGGAUUCGAACUCGAGCGCGGUCGGAGGACCGUUCCAGGACAUGGUAACCGAAACCGAUGUGAUGCUGUUCCUUGGAUAUCUGGUGGCCGACGAGUCGGGCCGAUACGAAUGUCUAAAUCGCGUGGCGUGCGAGCAACCGGAACGAGCGGAGAGUUAUUUCAGGACCGCUGAAAUGGUCUGGAAAACCGCGAAAAUGUUUGACGAUGUGAUAUCGUUGGACUCGAAGUAUGAAAAAACGUUGACUCGAUUGCAAGAAGCCAUCGAAAACGGAAUGACAAAUGGAGAUUGUGAGUUGAAGUAUAAAUGCUUAGGAUCGACUGCUAACGAUACCUUCAAAGUUUAACUGAAUAAAGUAUAACCAUAAAGUCAUAUUUACUUAAAGCAUUUAUUACAACUUUUUGUAGUAUUAAGUCUGACCGACUACUUACCUAUAAGCGCAAUCUGUGGAUACAUUUAUUAAGUCAUUUUACAUACCUAUAGUCGGUAAAUUUGUAAUCAACAACCAACAUUGGAUCAAAUGUUUUGUGAUGUGAACAUAUUAUAAUAUUGUACUACCCGACAAAAAAACGUGGUUAUUAUUACUAUUAUUAUAUUAUUAUACUAUAACCUGUUCAAGUUUUAAAAAAAAUGUAUUGUUAUUUGUUUUAUUUUUUAUUUGUGUUUAAAUAUUUAACAUAUUAUUAUAUAUAUUAUUUAUAAAAUACUAAAUGAGAUUGUUUUGUUCAAAAUGCAAAAAAUUAUGUGCCGUGACCAGGAUUCGAACCUGGGUUAUUGCGGCCACAACGCAAGGUCCUAACCACUAGACGAUCACGGCCGUGUGUAUUUUCUUGUUUACUAUAAGAUAUGAGUUAUUAGCCAUCGAUUAUUAUGAUAUAUUAUAUCUAUUAUAAUAUUAUUCUAAAUAACAAUUAUUUAAAUACACUUUGAUUAAUUCCCAUCAGCUGUCAAUAUUACCGUACAUGAAACUGAGGUCUAAGAGACACUAUUUUAUCGACUUAUAUAAUAUGAUAAUUUCAAAAUAAUAAUAAUAAUUAUUAUUAUUAUAAUGUUAUAAAUGAUCAAUAAAAUAUACUAUAAUAAGUAUAAAGUAUUAAAUAUUACAAUAGGUACUUUUAUUUUAAUAAAAAGUUAUAAUAAUAACAAUUAAUGCUUUAUCUAACUUAUUCAAUUAAAAUUUUUAACAUUAUUAUUUUACAAUAAUACGCGUACGUAACUCAAUUGUGCACACCCGUAAUAUACCUAUUGACGUUCUAUAGCGCAAUUUAUUAUGUUUUGGGCUUAGAGUAUAUGACCAUCAUUGUCCAUUGAAUAUACCUACUAUAUUAUUCUAUAAUCUAUGUUAAGAGUGUUAAGACUAUAAAAAGUUUCUGCUAUUAAUAAUUAUAUUUACAAUACGUAUUAUAUAUUAUGUUAUUAUAAUAUAUUAAUGUAAUAGUUAGAUACAAUAUACCUACAUUUAUUUAAAUAGUGCACUAUUAUAAAUAUAAUUUAAAUUUCUU